GCAACUUCACUAUCCGUCUAGCCCCCGACAUCAUCCCCUUCCCCCAUCACCUCCCUUCUUUCGCUUCUGACGAGAUUGCUACAUUCUGUCCUUCUAAACAAACCCAUCCUAUCCGCUAUCUACCAUCAUAAUGCCCGAACUCCCUCAGGUCCACCCCGAAGUCACAUGGGCUCAGCGCUCUUCGGAUAGCGACCCCGAGCGCAACUACCUCUAUGUUAGCAUCAAGGCUGCUGAUGUUGCCCGUUCUGACGCAACCCUUGACAUCAAGCCUACCAAUGUUACUUUCACAGGCAACUCCAAGAAGGGCGUAAAAUACCACGUCUCUCUCGAUCUGUUCGCCGAGAUCGACCCCGAGAACAGCAAGGUCAACCACAGUGACCGCGAGGUCGAGCUGGUUCUGCGCAAGAAGGAGCUCAAGGAAGAAUACUGGCCGCGUCUGCUGAAGACCACCCAGAAGAUCCACUUCUUGAAGACCAACUUCGACAAGUGGGUUGACGAGGAUGAGCAAGACGAGGUGAACGAGGACGACUACGCAAACAACUUCGGAGGCUUCGAAGGUCUUGGAGGCGAGGGUGGUCUCUCCAACAUUGACUUCUCCAAGCUUGGUGCCGGUCUCGGCGGUGAUGCCGGUGUUCCUGGAGAGGAAGAAGAGGAAGAGGAGAUGCCCGAGCUGGAGGAGGGCGAGGCCGAGGGUGCCAAGUCUUCUAAGAUCCAGGAGGUUUCUUAAAUGCUAUGCCCUUCUACUGAGAUAGGCAACGACUACUACGCAAGCAAGUAAU